AUGGCCUUCAUCAAUGAUGCAGAUAGAAAGGCAGAAGUUGAAGAUGAUAAAACACAGGAAGGAAUCAAAACAGCGGUUAAGUUGGUGAGAGAAGCAGUUUUUCGCAUAGAAGAUGUCAUUGAUGAAUAUACUUCCUGUGGGGAACAACAGCCUUCUGAUCCUGGUUGUGUAGUCUUACCAUGUGAGCCUGCUGUCUUCAUCCAAACUAUGACCCUUCGUCUUCAAAUAGCAUUUAAGAUUAAGGGUAUUAAAUUACAAGUUCGUGAAAUCAAGGAAAGAAGUGAAAGAGAUGGCUUCCUAAUCCAAUCUUCUUUGGAACAGGCACCAGCCACUUCUAGCAGAAACCGAGACGUCACAUUGCAUAACCUUCAAAUGCUUCCUUUUUACACUGAGGAAGCUGAUGUUGUGGGCUUUGAAGUCCCUAAAGCUGAAUUGAUUGGUUGGUUGGUAAAGGGAAGAGCGAAGCGCACUGUCAUCUCUUUGAUAGGAAUGGGAGGGCAAGGGAAAACUACUCUUGCCAAGAAAGUUUUUGAUAACAAAGAAGUGAUUGGGUACUUCAAUUGCCAUGCAUGGGUCACAGUAUCUCAGUCGUACACCGUGGAUGGAUUGUUGAGGGACAUGUUGCAACAAUUUUGCAAAGAAAAGAAGGAGGUUCCUCCUGCUGAUAUUGCUACAAUGAAUCGAGACUCAUUGAUAAAGGAAGUAAGAAGCUACUUGCAGCAAAAGAGAUACGUUGUCCUCUUUGAUGAUGUAUGGAAUGAACAUUUCUGGGAUGAAAUUGAAUUUGCUUUAAUUGAUGAUGAAAACGGAAGCAGGAUAUUUAUCACAACUAGAGACAUGCGUGUUGCAAGUUGUAGUAAAAAAACUUCUUUUGUUGAAGUGCAUGAGCUACAACCAUUAACUCAUGAGAAAUCCUUUGAGUUGUUCUGUAGGAAGGCAUUCAGAUAUGAUUUGAACGGAUGUUGUCCACAAAACCUUAUGGGUAUAUCUUCCGAAAUUGUUAAAAAAUGUGAGGGUUUGCCACUAGCAAUUGUGGCCAUUGGUGGCCUUUUAUCUACCAAAGGUAGAGAUGCAUUUGAAUGGGAAUUUUUUAGUCAAAAUCUAAGUUUAGAAUUGCAUAAGAAUUCCCAUUUAGAUGCUAUAACAAAGAUUUUAGCUUUUAGUUAUCAUGAUUUGCCUUACUAUCUCAAAGAAUGUUUCUUGUAUUUUGGAAUAUAUCCAGAAGACCAUGAAGUUAAAUCAAAAAGAUUGAUUCGGCAAUGGGUAGCUGAGGGAUUUAUCAAACAAGAAGGGAGAAAAACUUUGGAAGAAGUUGCAAAAGAAUAUUUAACAGAGUUGGUUAAUAGAAGUUUGGUGCAAGUCUCUUCAUUAACCAUGGAUGGUAAAAUUAGGAGUUGUCGCAUUCAUGACCUAUUGCGCGACAUGAUCCUUAGAAAGUGUAAGGAUUUAAGUUUUUGUCACUUUAUUAGUGAAGAUGGUGAGUCUGACUUAAGUGGGAUAGUUAGGCGUCUAUCAAUAUCAAGCAGAGCUGAUAGUUUAAUGAGAAGUAUUGAAAGCUCAGACGUUCGAUCCUUGUUUGUUUUUAUACGUGAAGAUUUAUCUGAAGACUUUGUGAAGAUUCUCUUUACGAAUUCCAAGCCAUUGAAGGUACUUGAUUUUGAAGAUGCGGGAGUCUAUCAUGAAGAUGCAACAAUUGAUCGUAUUGUUAAGAAUUUGGGGGAUUAA